AUGCUGACAGCUCUAUCACCUGGGCGUUCCGUCGAUUCCCAACUGAAUAAUUUGACCAAAGAGCUCCGCCUGACUGAUUCCAACAAUCUAUGCCGAGCUCCCUCAGUCAGGUUCGAUUUUGCCCUCCGAGGCGAGGAAGUCACUGGUCGUACAGAGGACUCCCACUCUUCGGAUGCCCGCAUCUACUAUGCCGAUGGACUAGAAGAUUUGCCUGUCCCUACUAACGAUGUGAUCACUUCAAAUUUAGCCGCUGCUAGCGGUAGCAGUAUGAACUCGGUCUCGAAGUUGCGCAAAGUGCGUCACGCCAACAAUGUGAUCCUGACCAAAUCAAAUCUCACCGUUUCCGAGGUCCUGGAGCGCAUCGCCGAGGCCCUCCGAAAAAAUUCCAUCAGGUUCACUCUGAAACGGUGA